UCUGUGGCUUUAUGUGCUGACAAGCGUUAGCUGAAAGCGCCAUCUAGUGUUUGAUGAUUCCGCCCUGCUUUCCACAGCUCAGUGCUCAGAAAGUGGAAAUCCCGUUGGUGUUUUCACAGGUGAGUAAGUUUCCACGCCUCUGUGGAUAUACCCGCUGGCUGGUUGUCCGAGGCAGAGCAUGGGAACUGGCGCGCAAAGGUGUGCGUGCGUAAAAAGGAGGACCGUCACCGCUCCUCCAGGAGGUGACUUCACUCUUCAGUUUCAUCCGUGAUUCGUGCGUGGAUGUGAGUGGGAUGUGGACGACUUGAUCACACCGCGUUUAACUUUGUUUAAUCUUCACAAGGAGAGGACAUGAGUGGUGUCACAGAUUGGGUGGAGGACGACGAAGCUCAGGAGGAAGCACGAUCUUCUCCCUUGUGGUUGGAGGAGCGCUGCGAGGAACUGUGGGAUCGGGUGGAGGGAGUACGGCACAAGCUGACGCGCAUCCUCAACCCGGCCAAACUCACCCCGUAUCUGCGCCAGUGCAAGGUCAUCGAUGAGCAGGACGAAGAUGAAGUGCUCAACUCCACGCAGUACCCCCUGCGCAUCAGCAAGGCUGGUCGCUUGCUGGACAUUCUACGUGGUCAGGGACAGCGAGGUCUUCAGGCCUUCAUGGAAUCACUGGAGUUUUACCAUCCAGAGCAGUACACACAGCUAACAGGAAAACAGCCCACGCAGCGAUGCUCCCUCAUACUGGAUGAGGAAGGUCCAGAAGGUUUGACUCAGUUUCUGCUGCUGGAGGUGCGUAAACUGAGGGAGCAGCUUCGAAACAGCCGUCUGUGUGAGCGCCGCCUGUCUCAGCGCUGCCGUAUGGCGGAGGAGGAACGCAGCAGAGCUGAACGUAAAGCUCAAGACCUACGGCAAGACAAACUGCAGCUUGAAAGGCUGCGUCAGGACUGGGAGUCAGCCAGUCGAGAGCUUGGAAAGCUGAAGGACAGACACCUGGAGCAGGCUGUGAAGUACUCCAGAGCUUUGGAAGAGCAAGGCAAAUCCACUACCAGAGAGAGGGACCUGCUGAGGCAGGUAGAGGAGCUUAAAUCCAGGUUUACAACAGAAGAGAAUGAAACAACUGAUAUUCCCAAGGUGAAAAAAACAAGCAGUUUUCUCUCCAAUGGAACCAAUGGUUCUCCACCUGCUGUGCCAGUAAAGCCUCUGCGCCGCAUUGAGGUUCAGAAGACUGAGAGUAAAGGAGCUCAGAUCAGGGACUCGGUUCCCUCCACUGGAGUCAUUGCUCUGAUGGAUAUUCUGCAGCAGGACCGCAGGGAGGCUGCAGAACAGAGACAAGAGCUGUGUGACAUGAUCACCAGACUACAGGGGGAGAUGCAGAGCUCUGAAGAGUACAGAGAAAAGUUGGAGUCGCAGUGUGAGCACCUACAACUGAAGGUAAGGACUCUCCAGCUGGACUGGGAGACAGAGCAGAAGAGGAGUGUGUCUUAUUUAAACCAAAUCAUGGAACUGGAAAAAGAGAGAGACCAGGCUCUGCGAAGUCGAGACAGCCUGCAGUUGGAGUACACCGACUGCCUACUGGAUAAGAACCGUCUGCGUAAGCGUAUUGCAGAACUGCAAGCCAACCUGGAGCAACAGCAGAGAGAGCUGGAAAGAGAGCGGGAGAGGGGUCAGGAGAAGAUGGAACAGAGUCCCUGCCUGCACUGUUCCCAUCUGUCCUUGUGGAGUGAGGACCAGUGCUUCGGCCCUUGCUGUUCCCUUGACCUGGAUCUGAGUCCCCAGGCGAACAGCACCAAUCUGGUGCUAAGAAAGACGCCCUCUAGUGGCCAAACCAUCGACAACUUAGAGGGUUCCCGUUCUGCCUCAGAGGAAAAUUUCCUGUUGUUAGCAAAAGAUGAUGAGAAGGAAAUAAAUCGACUCUCCAUAUUCCCCUUUCCUCCUUGCAUGAACUCCAUCAAUCGUCGGUUUAACACAGAAUUUGACAUGGACUCCUGGGGUAGUGAUGAAAAUGAUACCAUUACAGGGGAACAGAGUGAACCUUCUCUGUGCGAUUCCUGGACCUCCUUACACUCCCAUCUCUUCCCCCCUGACCUGGUUAACCUUGUCGCAGUGUCUUCACACCAACCCAAUUCUGAAGUUUCCAGGAACCUCGUCUCCCCAUCUUCAAGUCCCCCAACCGCCCCAAAGAAUGGAAGAGCCGGUCUUGCUGAUGAUAUCACGAUAGUUGGAGGGAAUCGAACAGGGAUCUUUGUCAGUCAUGUGAAACCUGGCUCUCUGGCAGAACAAUCCGGACUAAAGGAGGGCAGCGAGCUGCUAGAGCUGGAGCGGGUUCUGUUUGGUGGGGGAAGUGUGUUGCUGGGUCAGUGCACUGCUGAGGUGGCCCACUUUUCUCUGCAGUGGUGGACCGAGCCUUCAGCUCUCAAACACCGGAGCAACCCAGAAGCAUAUUCAAAGCUAAGCACUGAGCUUUCAUCGUCUUCUUUCAUGGGCGCCGACUCCUUCUAUGUACGCGUCAAUCUCAACAUGGAGCCUCAUGGUGAGCUGCCAUGUUUGGGUGUUUCCUGUGAUGACAUUAUACACGUCUCAGACACAAGGUACAAUGGGAAGUACCACUGGCGCUGCUCCCUAGUGGACCCGAUCACAGCCAAGCCCCUGCAGAUGGGAACCAUGCCCAACUACAACAGAGCCCAACAGUUGUUACUCAUAAGGCUACGAAAUAUGGCUCAGGAGCAAAAGGACUUGAAGAAGAAGGUGUUUUCAAAGAAAACACCUGGCCGUGUUCGACUGGUCAAGGCAGUGGAUCCCAGUUGCCGUGGAAUUGGUUCCACUCAGCAGGUCCUUUACACACUUAACAAACGUCACGAGGAUCACUUAAUCCCAUACAGUUUAGUGCAACCGGUAAAGGUUCAAACUAAACGGCCAGUCGUCUUUUCCCCCUCUCUUCUCUCACGUGGUUUGAUAGAGAGGCUGAUGCAACCAGCAGAAUCUGGUUUGAAGUUCAACACCUGCCCACCGGAGCCCAUUCAAGCUUCAGAAAGACAAGACAAGACAAUAUUCUUGUUGGAGUCCUGCAGUUCAGAGCAGGCUCUGGGCAUACGGCUGCAGUCAAUACAGGAUGUCAUUAGCCAGGACAGGCAUUGUCUGCUAGAGUUGGGGCUACACUGUGUUGAAGGUUUACUGAGACAGGGGAUUUACCCAAUCAUCAUCCAUAUACGUCCUAAAAACAAGCGCAAGAAGCUGAGGAAGUUUUUUCCACGGUGUGGGGAAGAGAGUGUUAUGGAGGAGGUGUGCCAGGCUGAGGAGCUGCAACUUGAGACUCUGCCCCUGCUUUACUACACCCUGGAGCCCAGCACGUGGAGCUGCACCGAGGAGCUGCUGGAUGCCUUGUGCAAUGCCAUCCACAACCAGCAGAUGGCAGUAGCCUGGGUGGAACUUGAUAGGCUGCAAUAGGAGAUGGAUUCCUGUUAACCAUAUUUAUUCAUUUGCACAAACUCAAUUCUCAUGAUGUCUUGAAAGCUGCCAGUAGGUAUUAAAUCACAACAAGGUCUCUGCAGAGGUUACUAUUUAAUGUGAUUGUUCCAAAUUUAAUUAGAAUUUCAAAGAAGGCCAGAUUAUGACAUGCUUCAAGACAGGAUGUGAAUGAUUCUCAUAAUUAAAGGUCUUAACAUAUUCAAACUCAAGCGUGCACGAAAAACAGUGGAAAAACAUACACUAACACAAAUAUGAGCCACAUAAGGAUGGUACAUAACAGUAUACCUCCCCUUUGAAUAUCUUGUAUCAUGCACUGUAACUUUAGGCAUUAUACUACAUUUCUGCUGUUAGAAUAACAGUUGAGGGCACAUACAAGUUGUCCAUUUUUAUUGUAUUUUUAUUUUUCAUUUAUGCUGUAAAUGGGAAGAUAAAAUAGGAACACAAAUAUGGACAAACAUGGUAAAUUAAGUGGCUUGUAGCAUGUAAACCAAGAUGUCCUUAUGUCCAAAUACUUAUGUUCUGUUCUCUGAAUCAGUAAUAAAAACUGUUGCUAAAUGAAAA